GUUCAAGGCAGAACUUGCCCUUCGCAGGUUUUUUUGACCAAACUUGCCUACCACCAUGCUUGGCAUUCAGAUGGCUAACCCUCGGGCCAGGAUCGCCAAAGCUAAAGCUGGAGCGAAGCGUCAUGAACCUGGUAAGAAACUUUACAUCAAUCAGCUUGUUCAUGGAGGACAAGAUUUCUUUGCCAAAUACCCUGGUAAAGCAGUGACUUCGAGUGAUGGAGCAUCCUCGGCUCGCUGGGAAGCGUUGCAGCAUCCACAAAGGUUUCUGUCACCAGAAGCGUUGGCGGCGCAUCUUGAUUACACGAAGUCUGAGCUCAUCAACCGACCUGGCAUUGGGCUCAGUGAAUUGUCGGGUGCUCUGAUGAAUUUCAACGAUAUGUUGGUGCAGGGAGCCUCGGCAAAGGUUUUCCACCCGGAGCUCUCGGCUAGGUGGAGUGCCAUAUGGGAGUCCUUGAAUCUUCAAUCUGCUUGCGAAGUGUUGAACGAUCAUGACUACCCUACUGCUGAUCGUUCUUCGGCUAAGAUCAAAGCCAGUGUGAAGUCCAUCUGCAAAUUGGGACAAACACUUCGCGAGCACUGGAAUGACUGGGCGAGUGUAUUUGGGUUUAUGGCGUGUGGUACGCUUGACUUGACCUGGCUACUCACGCUGGGCUCCUUGACUUGUGCUGGAGUCUGGGCUGAGCGCAUGGAUCAGGUCCCCAUGGCUGCGGGGGAUGCGAAAGCGACGCUCAUGAACGACAAGCAGAGCGGAUUGAGUCUCAUCGCCUUCCUUGUUGCAGAAGCUCAUGCAGUUCACGGUGUUCGGCUUUGUCCUGAUACACCUGCUCCUGCGGCCUCUGCUGUAUUCGUGCCCGUGAAGUUCGAUAGUGACGAUGAUCAGGUCACCGAACAGCCAGCUACAAGCAAGCAGACUCUCUUGGAAGAAAAGAGAGAUUACCUGUGGCAAACGGUUGUCCCAAGGACUAAGAGACAAGAGAAGAUACGUCAGUUCUAUGAUGCCUUCGUCUCGGAGGUGGAGGCGUUCUACGCGGAGGUGAAUGAGUUUGGCGCUCAGGACGCCAUUGCAGCCUCGAGCCUGGUCAUGCCCGAGUUCCGUGCGCACGUGAAGCGCAUCAAGCGGGAGGCUAAGCACAAGCUUGGUGACGACUGCUGAGUGUCGCUGUGCUCUGUGGGGUGGCGUUCCCGAACCGCCUGUUUGAUUUUCCCUGGUGCGCUUUCCAGCGCCCCUGCCGUCUAGCGGCCGAGCGAGAAUCUGCAUUACCUUUCCUGCUUCAGUUCCCU